AUGACAAGUGCAUGUGUCAAAAAGAAAAAGGAUCCAGGUGCUUUUAAAAUCUCAUGCACCAUUGGCAUCCUUACAUUUGCUAAGACAUUGUGUGAUCUUGGGGCAAGUGUGAAUCUCAUGCCUUAUGAUAUAUUUCACAAAAUUGGAUUGGAUACAACAAAGACCACCAAAAUGAAGUUGCUCAUGGCUGAUCGAUCCAUUAAAAAUCCUAUAAGGGUCCUCCACGAUGUUCUAGUAAAAGUUGACCGAUUUAUCUACCCGACUGACUUUGUUAUUUUAGAUUGUGAAAGGGAUUUUGAAAUCCCUAUUAUCUUUGGGAGGACAUUUUUAGCUACCGAGAAGGUGUUGGUGGAUAUAAAGUCCGAGGAGAUAAAGUUUAGAUUGAAUAAUGAAGUGGUAUCCUUCAACAUAUGCAAGACCAUGACACAACCAAUGGACCUACAAACAAUCUCAGUGAUCGAUAUUGUUGAUGGACAUGUGUCAAACCAUGUCGAUGUGGUCUUGUAG